UGUGUCAUCGUGAACACAAACUUCCUGUUAAUUUAUUAAUUUCAUCCACACGAGCGACAUAGCUGGAAGUUGAUGAAAUAUACUAAAUUUCAUAGUACAAAACACAAUCGUGUCUAAGGGGCGGAUUCACUAUUUCUUUUUCUGCACAGCGGACGCCGGUAUCUCACGGGAAAUUGUUUUUUUCUGAUUGGCACAACCCAAAUUUUCCACAGGAUGGAAGUCUCGCAUCUUCUCCCCGAAGAGACAAUUUUAGAAAUGACCGAAAAUACUCCAAAUUCCAUAAAGGAAACAUUAUACGAAGGUUUACAAGCUUGGAAAGAACGUCAAGGAAGUAUGGCAACAGUGGAACAGCUCGUCAAAAUUUUGGAAUCGUUAAACUUUCACGACGCAGCAGAAAGCAUACGCGAAAGGACCGCAGAAUUAGGUCCGCAAGAUCCCACCUCGAUCCCGGGUUCGUCAAGGUCCGUCUCCACAAGCACUACUACUGAAACAAAUUUGGAAGAAGACUAUCCCCUUUCAAAUAUGGGAUAUUCUCGAAUUAUUGACGUCAAACGAGCACGAACGUGGAGCAAACAAACAAUUGUGAUUGGUGUCCUUGUAAUUAUAGUCCUAUCCGCGUUUCCUGCAUGGUAUUACGGCAUCAUACCGAUUAGAAUGCAGGAUAAAUACCCUGCGAAUCAAAACGAAGUAGUAACAAGCACGGAGAAUAAUACUACUUCCCCGCUAUUGCGUGAAAACGAAUCUUUAGAUUUACAGAUAACUAGAUGUCGGAGAAUUCAUGGAACAUCCUAAAUACCUGCCAAACAACUAAUGAAGUAAACAGCACCCCGUAAAUCACGACUUCGUGGUGUUGCAAAAAGUCAUCAGAUUAUGGAUUACAUAAUUAUGUAGAUUACUUUGCUCUUAAGUUGUUGUCUUUUAAAAAUAAAUUAAGAAUGUUUUUAUUUGUUUAAUUACUCUAAUAAAAUACUUUUCUGGAGUUAAAAUCGAGCGUG